AUGCAAGUCUCUACAAUACAGCCUGUGUUCAAGCUGGAGUUAAAUCACAAAGUCACACCCGGCAUUGCUUGUAUUGCAAAAUAUGACGGUACCCAUGCCUGCUUCACCGCAUCAGCUGGAUAUGACAAAAUAAUAAUUCAUCAUCCACAAGGAGGUAUAAUCAGUGGUAGAGCGCAAAGAUCUCAAUCCCAUGGAGAGGUGUCUGAGCUGAACUUGAGCCAGGCUGUGAUAUCGAUGGCUGCUGGUCCUUUGAAACCGGAUACACAGCGAGACAUGCUGUUGAUAGGAUCUCCUACGCAAAUAUUGGCCUACGACGUGCACGACAACAUCGAUUUGUUCUUCAAAGAGGCACCAGAUGGCGUUAAUGUGAUCAUUGUGGGUAGUUUCGGCAAGCACGAGGCUCUGGCGAUGGUCGGCGGCCAUAGCUCGGUGCUAGCGCUGAACAGCCAGGGUGAGGAGGUGUUCUGGAACGUUAUUGGUGGGAAGGUCAACGCUAUGAUCACGUUUGACUACGAUAAAGACGGUGAGAAUGAGUUGCUGAUAGGCUGCGAGGAUUCCUAUAUCAGGGUGCUGAAGAACAACCAGUUUAUAGCGGAGAUGGCGGAGACUGGGCCCGUCAUCUGCCUGUCGCAGAUCAGCGAGGUGCGGUUCGCGUACGGCCUAGCCAAUGGAACUAUUGGGAUUUACGAGGAGGGGAUACGAUUGUGGCGUGUAAAGUCGAAGCAGAAUGUGAUAUCGCUGCAGUGGUCUGGCGAAUGCCUGGCUUGCUGCUGGGCCAACGGCCGCAUCGACUGGCGAGACGCGGAGGGACGGGUGGUGAGGAGAGUCCAGAUGCGCAGCGCCGCAGCCGCCAUGCUGUUAGCUGAUUACCGCUCGCUGGGGACACCGGAUCUUGUGUGCGUCUCCGAUAAGGGGGAAGUGCUAGGCUAUCCACCAACCCAAGAAUCAUCGGACGCGAGCGCCAAGAAAAUCCCUUCAGAAGAAGACCGGCUGGCCAUCACGGAGCUACUGAACAAGAAACAGGCGCUAAUGGUGGAGAUGCAGCAUUACGAGGCUAACGCGUCCAGCAGCCACCUCAACCUGGAGGUGGAUAGACCACCCACUGCCAUGCCCACCAAUACCAGGCUACAAGUAGCUGUCGCCCCAGAUGUAGAAGAAGGAACUCUUGAGCUAGCUAUCUCAACCAACAACGAAACGAUAGUCCGCGCGGCACUUGUGCUGGCUGAGGGUAUAUUUGAGAGCGGAGAGACCCUGGCCAGACAUCCUCCACUUGAGCAGCUGAGAUCCAUACUGUACAUACCGCUGCGGCCCCCACGUGAUGUGCCAGUGGAUGUUCAUAUCAAGGCUUUAGUUGGAUAUGCAGACAGUGAGCAAUUUCACAUAUUUGAGCUGACAAAACAUCUCCCAAGGUUCUCCAUGUACAGACUUACAGAUAAUGCUAAAAGGAAAAUAGACAGUUACGUCACAUUUAGAAUUACAGAACGGGUGCAAAGAAUUUGUAUCUGGGUCAACAAAAACUUUCUUCUCGAUGAUGAGCUAGAAUUGGAAAGUGAAGAAACUAAAGAGCUCCAUUUGAAAUUCCUCUGUCUAAGAGAUAACAGCUUCCUCGGAAUAGAUUUUGAAGCAGAUGGACAGGUUAAGAUAAUAACAGAGGAUAUUAGACUAGCUGGUGAUAUAAUACAGAGUUUGAGUGUGUUCUUAAACCUAUCAGAUUUGCAGUCCACAGCAAAGUUUCCUGAGGUCGAAGAAAAGCUACGUUUGGAGAUGGAUAAUGUUUCUGAUAUCGAUGAAACUAGACACAGAUUAGCUGCUGAAACUGCUGAAAAGGCGCAAUUGAUAACUGCGCUAUUGCCAGCAGCUCAAGACGCUGCAGCAUAUAAUUUAAACGAAAUGCUUAACAGAUACAAAGAGGUGAUAUUACUGAACGAGGAGCUAAUAACGAGCUGUUACGUGCGUCGCUCGGCGCAGGAUCAAGCGACUGACUCGCUCAAACAACUGCACACAAUCCUACAGCAGGCAACUAGGUUGAGAGUGGGCAAGUACAGUAAGGCAGUAGUAAACGCGUGCAGAAAGGCAGUACGUGAAAACAACACAGAAGCCCUCAUCAAAAUAAUGCAAGUCGGCGAUACAUAAUAUUUCAUAA